AUGCGGUUCGUGCGGGUGACACUGCUGCAGAACAUGGACUCCAUACUCACCACGUUCAGCGCCCCCAUGCAGGCGCAGGCAAUCAAGACGAUGCAAAAGCAGGCGGUGGACAUUCGCCUUGGAGUCAGGGUCACAGCGAUCGCGCGUGACGAGAUCACGCUGUGCAACGUCAAGACGAACGCUGAGGAGAAGAUGCCCUAUGGCCUCUGCCUGUGGUCCGCAGGCAACGCGGCGCGACCGCUGGUGCGCGGCCUGGUGGGGGCCAUCCCCGAGCAGGUGGAGCUCUCAAAGGCUGCCAACCCCGCCGCUGUUAAGCUCUCGGUCGACCCCUACCUGCGUGUCAUAGGGGCGAGGGACAUCAUUGCGCUGGGCGACUGCAGCAAGAUGCUCGGGGCCCCGCUGCCCCCUACGGCCCAGGUCGCCGGCCAGCAGGGCGCCUACGUGGCGCGCAUGAUCAACCGCGGCUACCAGCCCAACACGGGCGGCCUGAAUGUGGACCCUGGUGUUGACCUGUCGGAGGCGGACCGCGCCGCGGCGCUGCAGCUGCGGCCGAUCGACGCGGCGCGCAUGUCUGACCAGCCGCGGCUGACGGAGCUGGACCUGCUGGCCUACCUGACUAAUGACAGCACGUAUGCGCAGGCGCCCCCCGGGGUGUCGUACUAUCGGAAGCCGUUCGAGUUCCUCUCACUUGGCCUGAUGGCCUACAUUGGCAACGAGAAGGCCCUGGUCAGCGCCGAGGUGCUGGACAGCAGCUUCGACGUAGCCGGGUCCCUGGCCUUCCUGCUGUGGCGGUCCGUGUACAUCACCAAGCAGGCGCGCGCGCGGCUGGCUGCACGCAGCACGCCCCCACCGGCGAGCUACGGGAUCGCAGCCUCAAGCCAGCACGAAGGUUGCUCGAAAGGCGUUUCGGGGCUGAAAAGCUUUCUGCCUGUGAAUUGA